AUGGCCAAGAAUAAAAAGAAGGGAGCCAAGAAGCAGCAAAAUUCGGCUACUGCAGCACCAAGCUCGCAGGCGGCAGAUAUUAAUGAACAGCCCCAUGAAAAGGAACAACCUGUUGAGCUUCAGAACGAUCAACAAUUGGAGAACUUAUCAGGAGAUAUGGACAAGCAAAAUGGAACGACUGCAGAGCCAUUAAAGGUCAAUAACGAGGCGAACGAACAAAUAGAGAAGCUACAAGAAGAAAUCCGUACUUUAAAAUCACAAUUGGAGAUUCAGAAGAAGGAGCAGGAAGUCCAAAAGGAAGUUCCGCAGCAGGAAACGCCUGAUGUUACUGAAACACAGGCCUACAAAGACUUAAAGUCUGAACGGGAUGAGUAUGAAAAUCAGUAUAAUAAUUUACUGAACAGAAUAUCCUCUAUGAAGACUGUAUUUAGCAAAAUGAAGGAAUCACAAGAAGAGCUGGAGACUGUCAAGGAACAGCUGUCUGAGUAUGAGUCCCAAAACAUAAGACUAAAGAGUAAAGCUGAUUUAUUAAGCAAAGAGAGGACGGAAUUCGAAAAGACUAUAUUGACUUUAAAUGAAGAGUUCUCCAAUUUGGACGAAGAACGUGAGAACUUACAGAUUGAAUGUAAAAAGUACAAAGAGGAGCUGGAUAAAUUGACAAAUCAACUUGAGGAAGCGUCUGACAAUCAUCUUCGUGAACUGAACAUUCAUCGCGAAGCAAACGCACAAUUAGAGGCUCAGUUACAGGAACUAGUGGUAACACUUGGCAACAACAAGCAGGACCUUUCUAUUUUAAAUGAAGAGAAAAAAGAUCUCAUUUCUACUCUAGAGAGUAAUGCUAUUGAGAAGGAUUCUUUGCAAAAGACAAUCAAUGAACUCGAGGCCGAGUUAGAGAAAGCCACCGCACAGUUCGAGGAAGAAAAACAGCAAAAACAUAUGGAGAUCAAUGCCCUAAGAGCUCAGCUCGACAAGAGCGAAGACUCUAACUCCGAACUAACAAAGACUAUCGAACAACAUAAAGAGGAGAUCCAAUCGAUGCGUGAAGAUGUUGACAUGAAGAAGCGUCUGGAACAAGAGUGCAAAGAACGCGUACUACAAAUCGGUAAACUGAGGCAUGAAGCUAUCAUAUUGAAUGAGCAUUUAACAAAAGCUCUCACCAUGCUCAAGCAGUCCAGCGAUUCGGAAUCCGUUGAUAAGGAGUUGAUUUCGAACUUACUCAUUUCAUUCGUCGCCAUACCCAGGGCCGACCCCAGAAAGUUCGAAGUGCUCGACCUAAUAUCUAGCUUUCUGAACUGGGAUGACGACAAAAAAAGACAGGCUGGUCUACUGCAUAACAACGAGCGAAUCUCGAGAUCAGCGGGAUCGCGUUCAAGCACAGAGAAUUUCGUCUCUUUAUGGACAGAUUUUCUCGAGAAAGAAAGCGAAAAGUGA